AUGGCCUUUGCAAAUCUGCGGAAAGUGCUCAUCAGUGACAGCCUGGACCCUUGCUGCCGGAAGAUCCUGCAAGAUGGAGGGCUGCAGGUGGUGGAGAAGCAGAACCUGAGCAAAGAGGAGCUGAUAGCCGAGCUGCAGGAUUGUGAAGGCCUCAUCGUCCGCUCAGCCACCAAGGUGACUGCUGAUGUCAUCAACGCAGCAGAGAGGCUCCAGGUGGUGGGCAGGGCCGGCACGGGUGUGGACAACGUCGACCUGGAGGCUGCCACCAGGAAGGGCGUUCUGGUCAUGAAGCAGAUUCCCCAGGCCACGGCUUCCAUGAAGGACGGCAAAUGGGAACGGAAGAAGUUCAUGGGAACAGAGCUAAAUGGAAAGAUCCUGGGAAUUCUUGGCCUGGGCAGGAUCGGAAGAGAGGUGGCCACCCGAAUGCAGUCCUUUGGGAUGAAGACUAUAGGGUACGACCCCAUCAUUUCGCCGGAAGUCUCGGCCUCCUUUGGUGUUGAGCAGCUGCCCCUGGAGGAGAUCUGGCCUCUCUGUGAUUUUAUCACUGUGCACACACCUCUCCUGCCCUCCACCACGGGCUUGCUGAAUGACAGCACCUUUGCCCAGUGCAAGAAGGGGGUGCGUGUGGUGAACUGCGCUCGGGGAGGGAUCGUGGACGAGGGCGCCCUGCUCCGGGCCCUGCAGUCGGGUCAGUGUGCUGGUGCUGCACUGGACGUGUUUACGGAGGAGCCACCGAAGGACCGCGCCUUGGUGGACCACGAGAGCGUCAUCAGCUGCCCCCACCUGGGUGCCAGCACCAAGGAGGCCCAGAGCCGCUGCGGGGAGGAGAUUGCCAUCCAGUUUGUGGACAUGGUGAAGGGGAAGUCCCUGGCGGGGGUGGUGAACGCCCAGGCCCUUACCAGUGCCUUCUCUCCACACACCAAGCCUUGGAUUGGUCUGGCAGAAGCUCUGGGGGCACUGAUGCGAGCCUGGGCUGGAUCCCCCAAAGGGACCAUCCAGGUGGUAACACAGGGAACCUCCCUGAAGAAUGCUGGGAACUGCCUGAGCCCCGCGGUCAUUGUCGGCCUCCUCAAAGACACUUCCAAUCAGGCGGAUGUGAACUUGGUGAACGCCAAGCUGCUGGUGAAAGAGGCUGGCCUCAAUCUCACCAUGAGGGACUUCCCAGCAGCACCUGGCGGGCAUGGUUUUGGGGAGUGUCUCAUGGCGGCUGGCUUGGGGGGUGCCCCCUACCAGACUGUGGAGGUCAGGGCACUGCAGCCAGUGCUGCAGGCGCUCAACGGAGCUAUCUUCAGGCCAGAGGUGCCUCUCAUGAGGGGUCUGCCCCUGCUCAUCUUCCAGCUCAGCCUGGCCCCAAUCCUCGUGCUGCCCACCAUGAUUGGCCUUCUGGCAGAGGCAGGAGUGCAGCUGCUGUCUUACCAGACCUCGAUGGUGUCAAAUGGGGAGACCUGGCACGUCAUGGGCCUCUCCUCUCUGCUGCCCAGCCUGGAUGCGUGGAAGCAACAUGUGACUGAGGCUUUCCAGUUCCAGUUCUGA